GUUCUUCAUCAUCAUCUCAUGGCGCCCUAUGCAAACUGAAAGUCUGAAAGUAUACGGGGCAACACCGGCGACAAAAGCCAUUUCACCGCAAGCUCUUCAGCGUUUUGUGUGAGCUACUGCACUCUCGGACUUCAAUGCGCUCCGCAUUCUGGGUCCCGGAAUCAUAUGGCUGCGUAAGAAUAUUGAUGUAUCGCAGCAUUGGGAAUACACCAUCGCUAGCAGUUGACAGCCGAGGCCAUUCCUACUGCUGAGUGGAGACUUCACCACAUUCCACUAUGCCACCGCAGAGGAAGGGUGCACAAGGGCGCGGUCGUAAGAAAACACAGCAGUCUACACCCUCGGCGGGUGAAGGGACACCCCAGACAGCAGGGCAAGAACCUGCGGCAUCGACCUCCCGUGGGCUUGGCCACGCAAACAUCACCCUCAAGGCGUCUACAGGUCAGCCAGCCCCAGACGGACAAGCGACUCCAUCUUCGCCUCCUGAGCAAAGCCGUGCGUAUCGUUCCGAUGGCGAACAGCACCAAGAAAUGCCGGCUCCAGAGUUGCCUUUGAAACGCAAGAGGGGUCAACCACCGAAGACCAACAAGGUUGCCCCAAAACAGAGCAAAGUCGGUGCUUCCGGUUCAUCCAGCAACCCUCCUGCUGCUUCACCGAAUGAAGAGACCCAGGUGGCUCCCCCACCUGCUGACUCGAGCCAGUUGGAGACUGUGGAAGCUGGCUCAGCCGAGCCUUCAAUGCGUGUCGUAGAUCGUUCCGCAGUGUCAUCCGGUGCUAAGGGAAUGGAGGGCAGGUACAUCACUCGGUCGCUCUCGAAAUCCAUGGAGGAGCCGGACGUUGAAAGGAGCACGGCUUCUGAGGGUGUCCGUGCGAGUGGUCGGGCCAGAAAAGUGCAAAGAACACCAAGCGGCGUCGCUGCGGAUGGGCUCAGCACCAAAAAGAGGGCGAUCAGAAGGCGUAGCCCUCCAGGCACACAAAGAGAAGCGGCAGUAACCACUGCCCCACAUUCCUCGCCUCGUGGAGACGUCUCUCAAGCGCAGAACGUUCCCACAAAUUCCAUUUCAGUGGUGGCGCCAGGACCAAGUGGACAGCGCGUCUCCAAAGCACUGUCUAAGUCGCGAACAGAGAAGGCUCCGACAAAUGAGCAUGCCGAGGAAAUUCACCGGAAUGUCCGCACAGGUGGUUCUGGCUCGGAUCAGCAGGGCUUAUCAAGUGGCGUGGUUGCCAAGGCCCCUCGUGUUCAUCAACAAGGGAAGAAAGUGGAUGCUCCAGAAGGCCAUACCAAUGAGACCAGUGCAAACCACUUCGCUCUCGCUUCAGAAGACAGGAAGACUCCUCCGGCGAUGCGCUCACCAGCAUCUCCUCGUCCCAAGGCAAUUCUGAGUUCGAGUCGACUGAGCUCUAGGAGAAAGCUGUCGUUUGAAAAGGACGCUCUCAGAAGCAGCACGUUGGAGAAGGGCACACGGAACAUUCAAGUUAAUGCUCACACGUCAAAACACCAGCUGCAUGUCAGAUGAUGCUGCAAGACCCGGUCAAGUUAGCCAGGGCGAUGCAGAGACGAGCAGUCCAGCUCGCGAGAAGGGCAGCACCGGGGAAAAAAAUGUGCAAGCGGUUCCUCAGGGGGUCUCCAAAACGAAGGUUUCAGCUUCAGGCCUCCUCUAGAGA